AUGGCAUCAUCUUUAACGGCUAUAAUUGCAGGAAUGAAUAAUAGGACGGGUCAAUUUGGAAUCGUUCCUUUAUCGUUCUUGGAUAUCCAAGUGCCGUUAACGUCGAGAAUUCCGCCACAAGCUGUUUAUGCAACAGCUUUAUACGAUUACGACUCGAACACACCUGGAGAUCUUACGUUCCGAGCGCAAGAUCAAAUCAUAGCUACUGAACGAGUGGGCCCCGACUGGCUACGUGGGCAGCUACACGGACAAGAAGGCAUCUUUCCAGUCAACUAUGUAUCUUGUCCGGGUAUUGAUGGCCUACCGAUGUCUCAACCGGACACGCAAGCAGUCCCACUCGAGAAGAUGACGGCAGCGUAUGAUUACUCUUCAGGUGUAGCAGGCGAUUUGGAAUUCAAAGCUGGUGACACAAUAGAGGUGAUGGCUCGGUUAGACCAGGAUUGGAUUCAAGGUCGAUUAAAUGGUCGGGAGGGUUUGGCUCCACUGACUUUCUUGGCUCCUUAUGGGACUCCAGUCAAGAGUCCCAAGACACGAGGAAUCGCCGCCAUCGCUGCACUAGGAGGCACCGGACGUACUGUCACUGCAAUUGCCGAUCAUACUUCAGAUGAUCCGAACAUGUUGUAUUUUACCAAGGGAGACAGAAUUAUCAUAGUUGAGGAUGUGGACAGCUACUGGUACCGUGGAAAAGUUGAAGGUUUUAAAACGUUGCCAGCCGGUUUAUUUCCGAAAGCUCUUGUACAAGAGGAUUGA